GUUGCUGCGCGCGAGAGCACGCAGGGUUGCUGUGUGCCGGAGGAAGGGCGCUCGUGCGCCUCUGCAAGUGUGCGAAAGCUCGCAAAAUCGCGUAAUUUCAUGAACGUGUGAUCGUUUAUUCGCUGGCAAUAGGGCUAUGAGGAACAAAAUGGGGAAAAAAAUCCCUAAACUCUCACCUGCGUGUUCACACUUCCCGCUCUCUACACUCCUGACGGAAAUAUUGACAGAAGAAUACCAACGCUUUCGUUGCCUGUUACUCAUUUAUUACAGACAAACACAAGAAGAAAAGUGAAGGUUGUAACUCGGAUGUUUUACGUUCCCUUCCAGUGUUUCCGAAGAUGGACACGGUUGGCUGCAUUAAGGGGUUUCUCAUAGUUUUCUGCGCUGUGUUCUGGGUUUCCGGCAUGUCCCUGAUCACGGUCGGUGCGUUGUGUCGCACCACCUUCUCCAGGAUGGAAUCUUUCACUGGACCAGCAAUGACGCACACUCCCACAGCGCUGGCCGUACUGGGUGCCACCAUCUCCCUGAUUGCCUUGAGUGGCAGCAUCGGAGCGUGGGCAGGAAGCCGCGUGCUUCUCGGACUGUUUGCAGGCUUGCUUAUGUUGAUACUCGCUGUGGAGAUUGUGGGUGGAAUUCUCCUUUACAUCUUCAGCAGUAAGGUGGAGGAGGAGUUUAUCUUGAAAGCCAAAGCUGUAAUUACGGAGUAUAACAUGAAAGACAAAGCUGCCAUUGAUGAACUUCAGAGUAAGUUCCAGUGCUGUGGAGCAGUGAAUUACACGGACUGGUUCCACAGCAGGGGCUGGCAUAAUGGCACCAGUGUGCCGGACUCCUGCUGCCAGUUGAGCUCCAAGGCAUGCGGGAAAAACGCCGUCACCGGAAAAAUCUACCAUAAGGGUUGUGUCCUUGCCAUUAAAAUCUACUUGGAGAAGAAUGCUGUGGGACUAGGAGCCACCUGCAUCAGUCUGGUGACCAUGGAGUUCUUGGGCACACUUCUGGGAUUGUGUCUUUUGCACAACAUCCCUCACGGGAAAAGGACAAAGACCUCAGAUGAUUAGGUCCAAGACUUCUUUGUAUCCGUUACCCUGAUAUGCCUUUUGCUUCACAUUUGCAACAUCUGUACAUUGUAUUGACCUUGUUUUUCUCUGUUAACAUCAGUGUUUGUAUUUUCAGGAGAAGUGAGACCCGCAAUUAAAGUGUUUAUAAAAA